UUCAAAUUGAUUACGUGGCCUAUCGGCGUAUGGCCACUUCAAGUUUAUAACAUUUAUUCGCUAUUGCGUUGUGCCUUAGGCACUUGUUGUGCGAAUCUAGCUGUGAUCUUGCUUUCCAUGGAGAUAUACAUGGGCUGUACUGACAUAGUGUAGAAUGUUGACUCUUUGACAUUGCUCGGUGUGCUGAAGAUCAUAUGGUUCCGCAUUUAUGCCAAUAGUUUAAUUGACGAUUACGUCUCUGCUCUGAACAAUUAUCUGAAAAUUGACAACACAAAAGAGCGCGACAUUAUGCGAAAACAUACUUUCAUAGGAAGGAUUCUUUGCAGUCCCAUACUGGCCUUUUCAUACUUUAGUUGUAUAAUGUAUGCUACAAUUCCUUUUUUGGAGUACAAUCAAGGUAAUCGGAGUUACAUAACGGAUAAAGAUAUUAUAUUGAAGUACGCAAUGCCAUCCAAAUGCGCUCUUGAAUAUUUUAAUUUUCCGACAAGCAUGUAUAAAAUCGCCUCUCUCGUCGAAACUCUUGGAAUGAUGCUAACAACUACAGCUAAUCUGGGUAACGACGCGUUGUUUCUUAACAUUACAUUGCAUGUUUGCGGCCAAAUAAAUAUUCUGAGAAUCCAUUUUAUCAAUUUUGAUGUUACAAGUCCGCAAAUCUACGAUCGUUUCAACGCGCUAAUUAAAAGACAUCGUUACCUGAUAACGCUUGCCAGGAAGCUUGCCGAUCUGAUGAGUUUCGUAUUGCUAAUAGAACUAUUCAUUAUCAGUAUAUUAUUAUGUAUAAUGGGAUCUCAGUUUAUCUUCGCGUUGAAAGUCAAUAACACCGUUAUGAUAAGAAAGAGUUUAAUAAUACUGACUGCUUUCCUGACACAGCUAACGCUGUAUAGUGUUAUAGGGAAUUAUUUGAAAUCUGAAAUAGAAAAUAUAGGGCUCUCUAUUUAUCAAAGUGCUUGGUACAGUUUUCCCAGGAAAUUGGCAAGAAACGUAAUCUUUAUUCUUAUGCAAACAAAAUCUCCAGUUACGUUGCAGGCUGAAAAUUUCAUCAUAGGUCUAGUUUCCACCGAAUUUCCCAUUUUAAAAACUUCUUUUUCGUAUUUGUCUGUACUUCGUAUAAUAAUCGAAAUAUGA